AUGUCUCUAGUUUCUGCACUAUACAAAGGUGGUUUAAUUUAUAUAAAUGGAGGACACAACUAAAUUGAUGUAUUAUUCAAAGAUUGUGUAAUUAGUAAUGUUGCGACAGGGAUUGAAUCAAAUGAAGAAAGUAUCAACAACGAUACGUAGUAUCCUGGAGGGGGUAUUAUUUACUUAGUAGCCGGUAUGUCCAACAUUGCUAUCGAAAAUUGUAGUUUUUCAAAUGUUUCUGCAUAAGAAUAUGGCUAUGGAGGGAUUAUAUAUGCUGCUACUUUAAUUGAUCUAAAUAUUAAUAUUAAAGAUUCCAAUAUUACAUUUACUGAUGCUUAUAAAAAGGGAUAGAUAAUCUAUGCAAAAAGUUUUAAAUAAAUUACAGCAUACUUUUAAAAUACUAAUUUUACCGAACACAAUGUACAAAUUAACAGUCUGUAUGAGCUAGUUUAAACAUUGAGAAGCACUGAGAGGAAACGAUAUUCUGGAUUUUUCAUGGAAAUAAUAAAGGUACCGAAAUUUCCAAUAACUUCUAUUUCUAUAAAAUCAGUAAAUAACACAUACAAAAAUUUCUUCUAUGCAGGUUUGGCUGGUAAUAAUGCAUCUGGAAGUAUUUUUCACUUGGGUUAAAACACAUAUUUUGAGGAUAUAAAUUCUACUUUUUAAUAUUUCACUGCAGUUGAAGGUGGAGCAUUUUUCUGUGAUUAAUGUACAAUGAAUUUCACUUAAAGUAGGAUUAAUUAAGGAUUAGCAUCGUUAGGAGGUUUCAUAUAUGUUUCUUCAAAUAAUGCUACGAUACUCAUGGAUAAUGCCAAUGUGCAAUAAGUUUAUUCGACUGAUUCUGGUUCCAUAAUCUACUAUUCUCAAUAUUUUGCUGACAGAACUGUCUCAUAUAUUGGAAUUAAGAACUCAGAGUUUUCUGAAACUGGAGCAUAUUUCGGAGGUGGAUUAAUGGCCCUAACUUGCUACAACUGUACUGUUGACUUUGAUAAUUGCACCUUUUAAAAAUCCGGAGUAGCUGGUUUAAAUUAAGGUAAAGGUUCAGCUUAUGACGGUGGCUUUUUUUAUAUUGGAUCGGUAAAUUAUUUCAAUAUAAGUAACAGCAAAUUUUUCAAUCUUUCUAUGGUACCUUUGGUUGAUAAAUUUUUCAAUUUCUCCAAAAUUAAUGAUAGUGCAACUGAUUAUCAAACUAAAUAUGGUUCUGUGAUUAUGUAUGCAGAAAUUACUAAUACUGCCGAGUUUUACUUCGAGAAUAAUCUUAUAACAUUCAUCGAUAUUAAUUAGGAUGUUUUAAAUAUACUCUCAAAUUAUUCAGAGGUAUUCAAAUCAAACUCCUACACCACUGUCAAACUAAAUAACACCUUUACAUCAUUGUUUAGAAUUGACUGUAGCAAUGCGAAAUACUGCAAGCUAGUUUAAAACAAUGGUACAUUCUUAAGCAAUUUUAUCGGAAAUAAAGGAGCAAUAUUUAAUAUGUAGAACAUAGAAUUAAUAGAUAAAAACUCAAAUUACAAGUAUAAUGCUGCUAUAAAUGGCGGUAUCAUUUAUUGCUAAAACUGCUAAGUGAACUUCUAGUAUUCAAAAUUUUUACUUAAUUUUGCAUUCUCGGGAGCCAUUGGUACAUUUUCAGAUUAAUCUGAAGUUGUGUUUUUAAAUGUAAUGGCCUACAAAUUAUUGACAAAAUACAGAGGAGGAGCAUUUGAUAUUAUCCUUUCUACUACUUCAGCAACAUCUAAAACUUCCUUUUCAAUAUUAAACUCAUAUUUUGAUGAUGUUGGGGCUUCAAGUAUGGGUGGUGUAAUAUCUAUGGACAAUGAGUAUUCUACAACAAUAUCCUAUGUUAACUUGACUAAUAAUUUAAUAUAAUGCAGGGAAGAUUUUGAUAAAUAAGAUAUUUUAAGUGUUAUGAAAUCUAAUACGACACAUUUAGCAAUGAAUACCAUCUUUAUAUCAUAAGUAAAUCUAGUGAAGUCAAGUAAAAAUGAGAUGUCUAAAUGCGUGUAUAAUUUCAAUGGAGGAGCUUUUUAUUUAGAUAGGACAACCUUUGUUGAUACAGAUUCAAAGUUUAAUCAAAUAUCAAGCUACUCAGCAGGUGUAAUAGCGUGUAAUAACUGCAAAAUGAAUUUGACUAACACUCAAUUCACAGAAAAUAUAGCUAACGAAGGGGGAGUUAUUACAUUGGAUAAUGGUGGGAUUCUCAUUGGGGUAUAUCUUAUCAUGUCAUAUAAUGAAGCAGCGUCUUCUGGCGGAUGUAUUAUAGCUCGAACUAAUUCAUAUUUCCAAAUAAAAGAAUCUCAGUUCCUUAAUAAUUUUGCUAAUGAUUCAAGUUCAGUAAUAUAAGCUUUAGGAACCAGCACUACAAACUACCUUAUUCUUUAAAAUAGCUUGAUUAGCAAUAAUAUAGCAGCAUUAAACACCUUCUCAAUAUAAUACUCGAUAUUAAAAGUAAUUAACUGCAGAUUCCAAGAAAAUUAUGCCUUUUCAUCCUCUAAAAACAUAUUUGUUGGUUUUUCAACAUUAAUCAUAGAAAACUCUUUUUUUACCUAAGCCUUGAAAGUAUAUAAUCUUUCAACAGGUUUCUUAGAAAGAAAAACCUAGAUUGAAUAGGUUCAAACUGAUUUAACAUCAGGAUCUUUUAUUUAAUGCUUGCUAAAAGUUCAUCUUAAUAUAAGUGGUACGAUUUUCAAUGGAGGAACAUCAGCAAGUGGAGGAGCUAUCUAUAUUUCUGGAGAAAAGACUAUUAGUGAUUAGGUUGUUUACAGUGGUGGAGCUAUAGGAUGUCUUGAUUGCUACGGAUUCAAACUGAAGAGUUCAUUAAUCUAAAACUUAAGAUCAGAACUUGGUGGAUGUAUAAGCCUUAUUCAGACAAGAAAUAGUAGAAAAAAAUAUCAAUACUUGAUUCAAAAUUCUACUCUCUAAAAUUGUAAAUCAACUCUUUAUGAAGGAGGUGCUCUUUCAAUUAAUAAUGUAGAAUUAAUGUCGAUAGAAAAUUGUUUAUUCAAGAAUAACUAUUCUCCAACAUAUGGUGGAGCUAUAUACUUUUCUUGUGAUAUUUCAAGCUCCAAUACAUGUGAAUUGAAAAUUAAUAACAAGACUAGAUUUGAGUAUAAUAAAGUAGGAAUAUCUGGAGGCUCAAUUUUCUGGGAAGAUAUAGAGCCUGUUUUCAAUUUCAAUGAUAUUGUGUUUAAUAACAAUUCUGCUCAAAUCUAUGGAGAUAAUAUUGGCUGUUUUGCUCAGAAAAUAUCUCAAAUUACAGACUAAGAACUAAGUAAACAAGGAAUUUCGACAUCAAGAAUCUUAUAAUCUACAACAGUUUAAACUUAAAGUGAAAUUAGUCAAGUGAGAAGUGGGCAAACCAUUCCCAGUUUUAAUCUUGCAUUAGUUGACAAAUACGGGUAAAUAGUUAAAACAGAUAGUUCAAGCAAGCUCACAGUCAGAGUUGAUAGCACUUUCACACAAAAUAAUUAGGAUGCUCUAAAAUAUUCCCCAGUCAUUCAAGGCCAGUCGUAAUUUCUCUCAGUAAAUGGAACCUUUAAAGUAAAAGACAUAAUAUUUGUAGCUACUCCUGGUUAGAGCUAUAAGAUUUCAUUUACUUCUGAUGGAAUUGACAAGUGCUCAUAAUGCUCUAACAAAACAGAAUAUGUAUUGGUGAAAUAAUCUUCUCCAGGAUAGUGCUUAUCAUGCCCAACUGACAAAGCUAUAUGCCUAGGAGGUGCUGAUAUCGGUCCAUUACCUGAAUAUUGGAGAAAAAAUAAUAAAACUGAUGUUUUUAUUAAGUAGGUUCUUGCGAUAAAGGAUAUUAAGGCAUCUUAUGCGCAGAUUGUUGGGAAGGAUAUAGUAGAACUGGCGAUUAUGAAUGCUCAUUGUGCCCAGAAAAAAUUCUUAACUAUUUUAGAUUGCUAGCAACAUUGA